UAUGUAAAUUACAUUAAAAAUUGGUAAAUUUAACUGUGGGUGGUUAUUUUGAAGUUUUCUUACAAAAUCCGAUGUAUUUUUAAUUGUAAAGGAGUGGUACGUGAUUAUUUCACGGGUAAACACUAGUUUGCCUAAAUGACAUUCGUGCAUCAGUGCUUUGCCGUGAGUUUCGCUUAGCGGGGCGGUGAUUAUUCUGUUUUGAAAUUUCUAAUCCCAACUUCCUCUUGAUAUGUGAAUGAUACACCGAUUUAACCGAUGUUCCGAUUCCAAAGAAAAGUGUCACUAGUCUAUAAACAGGGGCAUCAGAGUGAUCCCAAAAGUAGGGGGAGUUUAGUUUGUUGGUAUUUGCUUUGGUUCGAGCAAUUUCUCUCGGCCAAUUUGGGAAACCCAAUUUUGGGGUCAGUACGCAGCUCUUACAAGCUGCAAUUUGAUUGGGCAAAUGAACAUUAUCCGCACCUCGACACAAAGAACGAGAAGAAUAAGAAAAGAACUCCUUUGUAGAACAAAGAUAAUAGGAGACAAAGCAGCUGCGUACUUAAUCAAAUUUUAAAUUCCAUCUAGUCACUCGUCUAUAUAAUCAAUGCCAUUAGAGAAUUCUAUUUUACGUCUCAUGCUUGCAUUAUAGGCAAUGUAUAGCAUUCUCUGCAUUAUUGAGCUAUCAAGGGUACUUCUUCUUGCUGUGGACGUCCCACUUUAGGGGUCAACACACAUGGCUGAUUUCCAAGAUGAUAAAUACGGUUCCGCUCGGUGCUCCAAUUGGUUCUCGUACUUGUUCAUGUGCGGGGUGAGCCGGAUUCUCAAAAAGGGGUAUGAUCACCAUUUGAAUGAGGAGGACUUGGACCCACUGCACCCAAGCGAUGACUCCCGACCAAUCAUAGACAAUCUACAGGAAAUGUGGAACCAGGAACUUCGGACCGCGGUAAACACCGGACGAAAACCCCGCCUGUGGAAAGCUGUUAUGAAUACUUUCUCACUGGAGUUCAUUCUAAAAAUCGUUAUCCUGAAAACUUUAAACUCGUUCUACGUGAUAAUGAUAAUUGUAAUGCUAAAUUUAUAUCUCGAUGCAUUGGAAGCUGGUCCUAGGGCGCAUCCGACAUACACCUUGUUGUGUCUCGUUGGUAUCUGCCUUUCGACGUUAUUUAAGUUGUUCGCGUACCAUCAUGAAUAUCUAAUGGAAACUGUCAUGGGAAUGAGGCUGAAAAUCGCGGUGUCUGGAAUCGUUUACAAGCACGUCCUAAAGUCAAGUCGCUAUAACCUCUACAAGCAGACAGAGGGUUACAUCAUGAAUCUGGUCUCUAACGACGCUAGACUGAUGGAAAAGCUUGUGUAUUACGGAAUGAGCCUCGUGCGAUUCUUUUGGGAAACUAUCUUCGCAGUUCUUGUUAUCAUCUUCCUUAUCGGAUGGCAAGCGCUGUCAUGCAUUCUACUCUUCGCUUUAAUGGGGUUUCCUGUUUAUUAUCUGGCCAAGUUGUUUUCGAAAUUUCGUCAAAAGCAGUUCAAGCUCACAGAUAGGAGAUUAACGACUAUGAACGAGAUAAUAUCUGGAAUAAGAGCGCUCAAAAUGAAUGCUUGGGAAGACAAUUACAGAAAGAAAGUAAUGCAUAUAAGAAGCCAAGAAAUCAGCAAACUCAGAGACGCACUUAUGAUUCGGUUAAACACGCAAGCUUUUAUCAACGUUGCACCUUGCUUAGCGACUCUGAUAUCAAUAUUAGCACUGGCCCACGCCCGAGUCCCGCUCACUGCGACCUCACUUUUUACCCUCGCCUCUUUACUUGGUAUACUUACGAACACAGUUGGAAUAGGGUUGUCUGAUGCUUUGUAUAGUAUCUUUGACGCGUAUAUGGCCCUCGGAAGAAUGCAGGCUUUCCUGUUAGAACCUGACGGAAAUAUUUCAGCUACUCAAAUACAUCUAUUCCAGCAGCUGAGACAGCCAGAUAUCAAAUUACACAAAGGCAACGAUCAAAGCACCGACUUGCGGGAAAGUAAGGGAGCUUAUGUCGAAGUGACGGAGCUGUGGGCAAGUUGGGGCACUAAUGGCUCGUUAGCACUGCGUAAUGUGAGUCUGAGCGCGACCCAUGACAAGCUUGUGAUGGUGACGGGUUCUGUAGGGUGCGGCAAGACGUCUCUCCUUAUGGCAAUCCUCAAAGAGAUCCCAAUAAAACACGGAUCUGUUGACGUGCGCGGGAAGAUAGCGUUUGCGAGUGAAACACCUUGGGUGUUCUCAGACACCUUUAGAGAGAACAUACUAUUUGGUAACAAUUAUAUCAAAAAGAAAUACGAUCACGUGAUCGCACUGUGCGACUUGGUCGAUGAUGUUAAGCGAUUACCUAAGGGCGACCUUAGUAUGAUUGGUCAGCGGGGUGUGAGUUUGAGUGGCGGUCAGCGGUCUCGUCUCAGUCUCGCACGCGCUGUGUACUCGGGCGCAGAUAUCUUUCUAUUGGAUGACCCCCUCAGUGCUGUCGAUACCCAAGUGGGACAGCAUAUAUUCGACAAGUGCAUCUGCGGAGAGUUGAAAAGCAAACUCCGGAUCCUCGCCACUCAUCAAGCACAGCAUUUGCCUCGCGCUGAUCACGUGAUGAUAUUGGAUAAAGGCCGCGUUGCAACUCAGGGCCGCUAUAAUGACAUAAAGAACAGUAGCGCUUUAAGAGAGAUUAUGUGUGAACUCAAAAGAAGCCGGACUAUGACGGCAAGGAGUUUGGAGCAGGGCGUGGUCCAGAUAAAGGGGGAGGUGGACGAGACUGUGGGGUACCAGGACCUAGAGGAGGAGGAGGAAGAUAGGGCCUUGGGUGUGGUCACGUGGGGGUUGUAUUGGCAGUACUUCCGCGCAGGUCUUUCUGCUCCAGCAAUCGUUUUUGUGUUGGCUUUUUGGGGUUUAGCUGAAGUGGCUCGUAUAGCUCCGUAUUGGUGGUUAUCCGUGAUGUCACGCAUGACGCGUGACCAGAAGGAAAGUGGCUUGACGUUUGGCACGUAUGCGACUCUUAUCUGCUUCGCAUUCUUCUUCUACUUUAUAAGGACAAACCUCUUCACUGUCGCUAUUUCCCGGUCAUCUCUGAAUCUGUACGACAAAAUGACAGUGGCCGUCACUAAAUGCCCUGUUCUCUUCUUCGACACGAACCCCGUAGGUCGAAUCAUGAACAGGUUCUCCAAGGACACUGGUGGCAUGGACAAUUUGCUUCCAUAUGGACUAUGCUUCGUAUUAGUGGUGUUUUACCAGUUCAUAGCGAUGGUGGUUUCAAUGGCAGUAUUUAACCCGUGGUUCGUGGCAGGAAGCAUCCCAAUUCUGGUUGUCUUUUGUUUGCUUGUAAGAUUUUACCUGCGAACAGCGCGAGAGCUGCAGAGAUUAGAGAGCAUCAAAAGUAGUCCAUUGUUCGCCCAUGUGUCUGACACAAUGGUGGGGAUAGAGACUGUGCGUACCUAUCACAUGGCGAACACCUUUUUCGAUGUCUACAUUGGAAACCAAAAUGAGCAAACCCGCGCGUUCAAGCUCGUCUUGACCACAAGCCGAUGGGCGAACAUGUACACAGACAUGAUGGCCAGUCUCUUUGUUGUUGUUAUUGCUGUUGGAUCGCAGUUUCUCAAUCAGGAACCUGGUGUCACAGGUCUGCUACUCACCUUCGCAAUCCAAGGCUUAACUCAAGUAGAUUUUGGCGUCCAAAUGGCGUCCGAGGUCGAGUGCCUUAUGACGUCUGUAGAAAGAAUAAUAACUUACACAAAGCUUCUCUCGGAACCAGGCUACCACCGCCGUACCUUACCACCAGAGGACUGGCCCUACUGCGGCGCACUCAGCAUCCAAGGGGUGUCGUUAGAGUAUCUUGAGGGCGGGACUCGAGUCUUAGAUGGAGUCAGCCUUGAGGUUCUUCCCAAAGAAAAAGUCGGCAUCGUAGGUCGAACCGGAGCGGGUAAAUCGAGUUUGGUAGCGGCGCUAUUUCGCAUUAGGGAGCCAAAGGGAAGGAUCGUGGUUGACGGAAUAGAUCUGGGCAGUCUAAAUAUCCAAGAUGCUCGGAGAGCCAUGUCAGUCAUUACUCAGACGCCUUUAGUAUUCUCUGGAAGCCUAAGGAAGAACUUAGACCCUUUCCGCUGUUUUAGCGACCAGGAAAUCUGGACGGCUUUGAAUAAUGUGCAGAUGAAAAAAUGCGUGGAGAGUUUACCAGGAAAGCUGGAGUACCGUCUGGGCGAGUCCGGCUCUGGUUUUAGUGUGGGCGAGCGACAGCUACUAUGUCUUGCGCGAGCAUUGCUACAGAAUACCAAGCUUAUAGUCCUAGACGAAGCCACAGCGAACGUGGAUUACCGGACUGACCGGUUAGUACAACAAGUUAUACGGGAUAUGUUUGCUGACGUCACAGUGCUGACUAUCGCGCAUCGCGUCAAUACUAUUAUGGAUUAUGACAAAGUGGUUGUCAUGGAUGCCGGUCACGUGGUUGAAUAUGGUGAGCCCCAGGAGCUUGCUCGGAGAAGUGAUGGCUACUUUGCUCGUCUUGUGCAAGCCCAUGAUAACAUGAAAAGAAGCUGAUGGUAAAAAAAAAAAAAUCAGUAAAACUAGAAAAGACAUCAAUAUUUUGGGAUUUUGUUACUGUCAUGAAAUAAGGUCAAAACAAGCAGAGUGGAGUACCCACUGCACGCAGAAGCUUUUAUAAAAGUUCUGUUUUCUUCAUAGGAAGACCAGGUAAUUAUUUUGAAGCUCGCCUUUUGUAGUAGUCUACAUGGGUGCUUCGCCAGCCUCAAUUUGGACUAUUUAAUCAGUAUGUAGCCCCAUUUGGGCUAUUUAAGGCUUAGAGUCGGCGGUGAAAAGCGGCCGUAUGAUUUUUGCUCGUGUAAGCUCACAGUGUGUGUGAAUGGAAUUAUAAUGGAAUAACAG